AUGUCGUCACAUUUAGUUUGGGGAAUUAUCCGAAACAAUAACGCCUUUCUAUUGAAGAAAAGGAACAUUUCCAAACCAUUCAGUACGGAACCCAAUAAGUUGACAAAUCUCAGCUUCUAUAGAUAUAAUGGAAUCAUCUACAAAAAAUCUUCAGGCAUAUUUGAUGAAGCUGACAAGCAUGGUUUUACAGAUGUUUACAAAAAAGCCAGUAAACAGCACAAACCUAAACAAAGCACUGUCAAGAGGACAAUGAAAUCUGGUCCCAGGCGAUCCCUCUACAAGUUGAAGGGUCUUCUGAAAGCUGAUAAGUACCGUACAGAACUUAGCAAGGCUGCAAGCGCAGUAUACUUGGGUCACAGAGGCCCCUUCCUGCCAAGAAGACAAAGGCAAAGAAGGAAUGAAUGA